AUGAUCCUCCACACUCAAGAUGCCUAUGUAAAGUUGUUCAUUGGGGAGUCCACGGCUGCCAAAGCUUGGAAGAAGCUUGAGGAGAACCUUGAGAAGACAAGCAACGCAAGGGUUGUCCAACUUAGGAAGAAAUUGACAAGCUUGACGUUGACCCGGGAGAAGAGCAUUGCGGAGUAUGUGGGAGAGUUCCGCGAGAUUAAGGUGGAUUUGGAGACAGCGGGUCAAACCGUUUCCGAGGUGGAGUUGGCAAUCCAUGCCUUGAAUGGUUUGCCGAAGGAGUAUGCAACUCUAGUGGAGGUCCUAGAGUUGAGUGAGGAGGAGUUGACGUUGGACACAAUUCAGCCUAAGCUCAUGCAAAAGGAGCAAAAGUUGAAGUUGGAAGGGGAGCUAGGAGCUCCGGAGGAGAAGGAGGAGGAAAGUAUGGGGAAGGCAUUUGUUGCCAAACGGGAACGGUAUGAGACCGUUAUCAAGGGGUCAAGUGAGCGGGGCGGUUACAACGGAGGGGUAAGGCGUGAAGCGGGGUCCGACGCGAGGACGUGCUAUGCUUGCGGAGAGAAGGGCCACGUCCGGGCUCAUUGCCGGAAGCGGAACGCGGAGUGCUUCAAUUGUGGAGAGAGGGGCCACAUAAGCUCGGUGUGUAGGAAGCCCCGGGGUGGUGCAAAGAGCGGCGGUGAGGACCGCCCGGACCGGAAGGAGUUUGCCGGUGUGGCGUUUACGGUAUGGCGCAAAGAGGCGCGGGUGCCGGCGGAUGUGUGGCUCGUUGACUCGGGAAGCACUCAACACAUUACGCCGGAUAAGAGGCACUUUGCAAGCUACGAGCGGCUUGCGCGUGCGGAGAAGAUUGAGGGGCUUGGAGGAGAAGCCUUGACGGCGGUGGGGAUUGGGAAAGUGGUCUUGGAGUGUGAGACGCCAAACGGAGCGGGCAAGGUGACCUUGAACGAGGUUUGGCACGUUCCGGGAGCGAGAGCAAACUUGUUCGCAAUGCGGCGAGCAACGGACGCGGGCGCAAGGAUCUCUUUUGAAAGGGGGAUUGCCCGAUUUGAGAUGGGAGGUGUGGUGAGCAUGGAGGCGGUGCAACGCGGUGGAUUGUGGGAGAUUGCAACGGUUAAGAAGGCGAGAGCGUUCUUGGCGGUCAAGGGGCCGGUCAAGACGGAGCGUCGGUUCGGGAAGGUGGCACCGAAGCCGGAAGUGAGAGUGGAAAAGAAGCAAGCGGAGGUGAGGCCGGUCAAGGUCAUUGAGGUUGACCUUGAGUCGGACGACAAGUCGGACGACGGGGUGAAGGAUAUCCAACCGGUGGAUGUGAGCGUUGGGGAAACGGAGUCCCCAACGGAGAAGAAGACGGAGAAGCACGGCGCAAUGGGAGCCGUGGGAGUGGCAGCGGAAGCGGUGGGAGCAAGCGCAGCGGAAGCCGUGGGAGCAAGCGCAGCGGAAGGCGUGGGAGCACGGUUCAACCGGAAGUUGGACAGGGAUGAGAGCGGAAAGUCGGACGACGGGUCGGACGACGGGGUGAAGGAUAUCCAACCGGUGGAUGUGAGCGUUGGGGAAACGGAGUCCCCAACGGAGAAGAAGACGGAGAAGCACGGCGCAAUGGGAGCCGUGGGAGCGGCAGCGGAAGCCGUGGGAGCAAGCGCAGCGGAAGCCGUGGGAGCAAGCGCAGCGGAAAGCGUGGGAGCACGGUUCAACCGGAAGUUGGACAAGGAUGAGAGCGGAAAGGUGAUGUCGCCAGCGACGGGCGGCAAGCGAUAUCCGGAGCGGGCACAAGUGCCACCGGGAGAAUUUUGGAAGGGCGAGACGGGAUGGAGCACACCAAAGGCUAAGAAGCGAGCGGGUAGAAGUGGCUAA